GCUUACAGGAAGGCUUUGACACUGGGAUUAAUAACCCACCUUUAUCUACCUUAAUUUGCCGUAAUUUGCUAUCUGCUCGCAAACAACCAGAAGUUGUUACAGAAAAAAUUGCAUCAGAAGUCAAAAAAGGAUAUUUGAUUGGCCCCUUUUCUUCACCACCCUUUGCCAAUUACCGUUGUAGUCCAAUUGGCGUGGCAGAAAAGAAAUACUCUGACAAGAAACGUUUAAUCGUGGACUUAUCAUCACCCCAUGAUAAUGCAGAUACUCCCAGUAUAAAUGACCUAAUCGACAAAGUACAGUUUUCACUCUCUUACGUGAAAAUUGAUGAUGCAAUUUUAGCCAUUCAGACCAUGGGUAGAGGCGCAUUGUUGUGCAAAACCGACAUCACUGAUGCUUUUAAACUAAUCCCAAUUCAUCCUUCUUUAUGGCAUCUGUAUGGUAUCCAGUGGGAUAGUCAAUUUUACUUCUUUGUUCGCCUGGCAUUCGGGUCACGCUCUAGUCCAAAGAUCUUUGACCACCUGUCUACUGCUGUCUCCUGGAUUGCUCACCACAUAUAUGGCAUUAGCACUAUCUUUCAUUUACUGGAUGAUUUUCUAACAGUUGACCCACCAUCAUUUGAUGCCGAUCGUACAAUGGCUCUACUGACUCUGUUGUUCCGUCGCCUAAAUAUCCCUUUGGCACCACAUAAAACAGUGGGUCCAACCACAUGUUUAGAAUAUCUGGGGAUUGAACUUGAUACUCUUGCUAUGGAGGCACGCCUACCAGAGAAUAAACUUAAUAGGAUGCUUAGUUUGGUUGCUUCAUUCCUUGCCCGUAAAUCCUGCACAAAGCGAGAAUUACUAAGCCUCCUGGGACACCUGAAUUUCGCAUGCAGGGUGGUCACUCCAGGCCGGACAUUUAUUUCACGCUUAAUUGAAAUUUCCAAGGGAGUGAAGAGUUUAAACUACCAUGUGACAUUAUCGCAAGAAAGUAAACAAGACCUGCUGAUGUGGCACCAACUCCUCUCUAAUUGGAAUGGUGUUUCUAUGUUUCUGGAGGCCGAAACAACCCUAGCGUCGGAUAUGCAGCUAUUCACAGAUGCCAGCGGCAUAGGGCAUGGCGGCUAUUUUCGCGGUCAUUGGUUUAACGAACGCUGGCAGCACGGACUUACCCUUGACUCUGAUCCAGCACUGUCCAUCGCAUUCCAAGAACUGUACCCAAUCGUGGUAGCAUCAGUGUUAUGGGGUCAUUUUUGGGGACGCAGGCGAAUUAUGUUCAAUUGUGACAACAUGGCGACCGUUCACAUUAUCAAUAAAGGCCGCUCUAAGUCACCUGUCAUUAUGAAGCUAAUGCGACGACUAGUAAUCAUGGCAGCAUCCCACAGUUUCAUGUUUCAAGCUCAACAUAUCCCUGGGAAGCUUAACACAAUUGCUGAUUCUUUGUCUCGUUUCCAGAUACAACGUUUUCGAGAAGUGGCUCCACUCGCAGACAAAUCCCCGUGCCUGAUUCCCUCCAAA